AUGGGGCUUUUGAGCAAUACAGGCUUAUUGGCAAGUGUUGCUCCGAAACCUGCAUAUUACCAGCCAAAGAGUAUUAUAGAUCUGCGAUGCGAAGUCACUCCUGCCCCGUUUAUGCUGCGGCCCUACGCUGGCCUUUACAACCCGUUCCCCUUUGCUUGCUCCGUGCUCUGCAAUCAUCCUGCUGACACCGAGGCUAAGGAUGUUGUUAAACGGGCUAAGGAUAACUGGAUAGAAGGCAGAGUUCAUUAUUUCCAAGAAGAUUUGUCGAAAUUCCAAGAUGGCGGCGACAAAGAUAAGAAUAGAACACCCCAUGAUAUUUUUACUGAGGAUAUGUUUAGGAGAUAUGCGGAGACAGACUCAAGACCGCUCACUCCGGCCCCGACACUUGCCAGUGGCAAGUCUAGGGGUUCUCGGCGAUGUCUCACUCCGGACCAGCCACAUCAAAGAACUACUAUUGUAUUGGACCUGAGACGAAGUCACAGUCAGGAAACUAUCUACUACCACGGCUACACGACUUCAGAAGCGACAGCUGGUCAGAACACGAGCCCCACCAACGAGAGGUCCACAUUGCCAUCACUGAACCUGUCAGAGGGUGCCCACAACCGACUACUUAAAGGACAGAGUGAGCAGUUGCCUCCUCUUGCCUCUCCCGUCGUGUUGUCCAAGAGGGCCGUGCCUGUGAAGGAGCCUCAAAGCGUUAGGAUUGCGAAAAAGAAUCAACUGAAAGCCUUAAACCUGGGUAAACCGGCGAAAAAUAAUAAGAACAACGGAAAGGCUGAACCACCAGCGUCACAACGAUCCAAGGCAGAAAAGGAAGCUAAUGAGGCGAACGAAGCUGGAUCCAAUGGAGAAGAAGGAGGUAGCGGUGAAGGACGUAGGCGUGGCAAGAGAAGAAAAAAGGGACGUCAAGGAGGCAGUGACCGAUUGACGUCAGCUGGACUCGCGGCGCAGGCGCAACAGGAUCCAGAGACACAAAUCGCCGGCAUAGGCACUGACUCCCACAACCCCAGCUCCCGUGGUUCCAUAGCCCCAGCUCAAGAGGAUGAUGUCAUUGUACUCCCGGUCAUCAGACAGAUUGCUGCUAAGAAGACCGACUCGUUCCUUGAUGACGAUAUACUGAAGUAUCUGCAUCGGGAAGUCGAUGAGGAGGCUAUUGAGACUGAGUUUAAUAUAAAGCGCCGCUACGUCUUAGAAGAAGCCAUGCGCACUCGUCCAGAGCGCGCAUACGGCCAGGAGAUGCAGACCCUACUCCGAGAGCUGAAGGUACCCGCAGUCAGUCUGGGCGACUGGCUGCACAUACCCAGGGUCUUCUCACGGCAGAAUGCCCAGUUUGCUCUGCCCAUCGACACCUAUGCGUUGGAGAGUCUAACUCCGAUGAACUACGCAGCACGUUUCGUGACGCUGAAGAAGUCGAAACAACUGCUGUACCUCACGGUGCUCAGAAAAUUCCGGCCACAUGGAUACAGAAUGCCAAAAAAGAACAUAGAAGAAGGCCUAAUAAUGAUGAUGGGCGGAAGCCUGUCAGCCGAUCAGGCAGAGCGCUUCAAGGAGAUCAUGGAGUGGGCCUCUUACGAGGAAGAGGACAAUAUUCCCGAUGAGAUCAAAGUUACGCUCCUCGAGAGCUACAAGAAACCCCCUAUCAGUUCUGAAGCUGUGGGUGAUAAUAAUGGAGAAUCCGACGAAGAUACGAUAAAAUAUCGGACUUGGUGUGGUCUUUGUGCGAUCUGCGAACGAAUGUAUGGACGCUUUCCGCCCAGAGACAAAGAUCCACCUGACGGGAUAGAGUUAAGCGACUUUUCUAUGGUCGAAUCUAAAUUGCCCGCACUCAAAGUACACAGUGGACUUAGAGAAAUUUUGAAUAUUAUAAGAGAGCGAUAAUGAUGCGAUGGGAAAAAGCGAUAAAAGAGCGAUAAUUUUUGUAGGAUUUUUAGCCAUGUAAUUAUUCAGGAAUUAUAUAGUUAUUUAUUUUGUUAUAAUGAGUAGUCUAGAAUUUUUAAAACUUUGUAAUAAAAUAA